AUGGUCAACUUGCUUGGUCCGGGCUUUUCAGGCUCGGGAAUCUUUUUGCUCCUGCUUGCUGAGCUUUUACUCGGCGGCCGAGGGGAUGGCGAUGCCAAGCGACGGCGGCUGUCUCAAAGGCUGCCGCGCCACAGCGGUGCACCGCGCGCCACGGUGGCGGCGGCGUUGCGCGAAGCGGGCGCGACCUGGCACGAGGCCCUGUGCUUCGCGGAGCCUCCGGAGAUCCCUGUGCCUGGGGUGAAGCUGGCGCAAGCCGUUCCUGCUGGCACUCUACUUUGCCAAGUGCCAUCCCACCUACAUUUCUCCAGGACGCAAUGUGAGGCCACCAUGCCUGCGAUUUACGCUGCCUGUGAGGCCCUUCCAAGUGCCGACCCAGAAAAGCGAGGCGAGGCGGCCGAUGCGCUUUGCAUGGCCUGGCUGUUGUCUUCGCAGCGCGCAGGCGGAGCUGAGUCCAGUCAACCCAGGGCUGGCGGCGGCCAGGCCGAAGGCAUGGCACAGUGGCCGGCUCUCUGGCGGGCACUGGCAGCGGUGCUGCUAGGUCUUGGCCAGGAGUUCGAGGAGCAGCACCCCUACGCUUGGGCCUGGCAAGGUCGGCAAGGUCGCUCGUGGGAGCGCACAUCCUCUGCCGAGCCAGAGCUGAUCGCUGCUCAGGCGCAGUACGUGAGGACCGUUUAUGGCUGCAUUUGCGAUACGCUGAGCUCCGAGCAUGUUCCGGAUGAAGGCAUCUUCUUGCUGUCUUGGCUUUGCCUGCUGACGCGGCGGUUUCGGGCGCCGCAUGGCUCCGCGCUGGUCCCAGGCAUCGACUUCCUGAACCACUCGGCAGCCCCUAAUGCAUCCAGUGAUUGGGACGAGGAGUCGGGCUCCGUGGAAGUGCGAGCUUUGACCGACUUGAAAGCGGGUCAGCAGCUCACAAUCUCCUAUGGCAGCCUCUCGAACCCGCUGCUCUGGCGCACCUACGGCUUCACCCUGCCCUGCAGGACUGAGCCCAGCUUCACAUGCACAUUCUCGCAUGAGGAGCUGCGUGUGGCUGCAGAAGCCGCCGAGGAGGUGGAGGAUCUCCCGAACUUGCAUUUGGACACGUCCCGUGUGACGGACGAGCUCGCUGCAGUGCUGCAGGCUUCAGAGAGUGCCGGGAAAUGGCUGCAGAAGCUGCUCGCCAGGCGGCUUGAGCAAGCGCCAGAGCUCCUCCAGACGAAGACGCUCCCGAUGGACACGGAGGAUGACCUGAUACGAAUCCAGCUCAGCGAGCCUUCUGGACUCGCAAAUGUCAGUAGAAACAGCAUGAAGUAG